ACAAAGGCUCAAGGAACAAUCACGUUGGCUAAAAUCGCGUUCUGUGAUUGGUUAAGAAAGGGCGGUGGCGGGGCGUUAUGUUCUCACUUCCGGCGGUAACGAAGCCGGUGGUUUUCUCAGGUGGUCGCGCGCGCGGGAUAAAAGGAAACAGAUCUGGCUCGGAAUAUUGGCUUCCCCGCCCCACUAUGGCCUCUCUGCUCAAGGUGGACCCAGAAGUUAAGAUCAAGGUAGACUCUUUCAGGGAGAGAAUCACAAGUGAAGCUGAGGAUCUAGUGGCAAAUUUUUUCCCAAAGAAGCUUUUAGAACUUGAUGGGUUCCUUAAGGAUCCCAUUCUGAACAUUCAUGAUCUCACACAAAUCCACUCAGACAUGAACCUUCCUGUUCCGGACCCAAUUCUGCUGACAAACAGUCAUGAUGGACUGGAUGGGUCCAAUAUGAAAAAGCGAAAAUUAGAAGACUGUGAAGAGACCUUCCAAGGUACCAAAGUGUUUGUCAUGCCUAAUGGUAUGCUGAAGAGCAACCAGCAACUGGUGGACAUCAUUGAGAAAGUAAAACCAGAGAUUCGGCUGCUGAUUGAGAAGUGCAAUACAGUCAAAAUGUGGGUACAACUGCUGAUUCCCAGGAUAGAAGAUGGAAACAACUUUGGUGUUUCUAUUCAGGAAGAGACUGUGGCGGAGCUCCGAACUGUGGAGAGUGAGGCAGCUUCAUAUUUAGACCAGAUCUCUAGAUACUACAUCACACGAGCAAAGUUGGUUUCUAAAAUAGCAAAAUAUCCUCAUGUGGAAGAUUAUCGCCGCACAGUGACUGAAAUGGAUGAAAAAGAAUACAUCAGUCUCCGCCUCAUCAUUUCAGAGCUCAGAAAUCAAUAUGUGACUCUGCAUGACAUGAUUCUAAAGAAUAUUGAGAAGAUCAAGCGACCCCGGAGCAGCAAUGCAGAGACCCUCUACUGAACUGGCUGCAUUCUGAACUUAUGAACUCUUCAGUAGGCUCAAGAAAGUCUUUGCCUCAAUUUAUGUGACUAUCAAGAUGGGGAAACUGGCUGGAAACAGUCCUCACCAUACUUUUAGUUAAACAUCUAAAGAAACUCUCACCUAGUCCUUUUCUGGUUGGUUUUUUUAUUGGAUCUUUAAAUUUCUCCCUUUUCCUACUAUGUAUUUGAGAUAUAGAAGGCUAGAACAGAGCAUCUUCUCCUAUAUUGGUAGGAAUGGGAGAUUUGCCAAGCUGCUGCAGGCAAGGAUCCCGAGAUCAGAAGCCCUAAAUGAUCCAGAUCUAGCAUCCCUGACAAAUUGCUUCCUAGGUAGGUUGUCCCUGCCAAAAGCAUUGUCGACCUACUCAGAGCUGAUGUUUCUAGUCAUAAGCUUCACUUCAGUCUUCCCACUGAAACUCAGUUUUUCAUCUCAACAUGGUUUGCCCUUAUCUAAUUUGUCCAAUCAUGCAAGUUCUAAUGCCACUGUAAAUUUCUCCUUUCUACACGUACUUCUUCCAUUACUUUUAUUUUAUCAUUCUGAAUACACACACACACACACACACACACACACACACAUCACACACAAAAUCUUCCAGACGUUUAUGAGAAAGUAAAUCUACUCUUGCCUAAGAAGGAACUCUAGCACAGCAUUUGAGUGCGGUGGGCAUUCUCACUUUUUUUUUUCUUGGGAUAAAGCAAACCUAUUAGAUAGUUUAGCAAAAUUGGUCUGCCAAAUUUCAGCAUGAACGAUCAAACACGGUCAAGUAUAUUCAUCUUAAUCCUUUUUUCUCUAAUUAAAUGAGCCUAGCACUUGUUUCUUGCCUCACUUUCAGGAAUGCCCAAAGUGUCCUAGGUGUCCUGCUAGGUCUGAAUAAGUCCUGUUGGCUUCUUCCAUUUUUCUCGUUCUGGUUUUCAUGAGAACAGGAAGGGGAUGCUGUCUAUCUGGGAUGCUGCAGUUUCUUUUCAGAUUUACUAUUUAUCUUUAUAUCCAUCUAGUGCCGUAGUCUUGUUAGUGGUGUUAGAUUUGUUAAAAAAUAGACAACAGCAACAGUGGCAGGAUGAAUGAAGUUUGUUGGCUGCUUCCCCUGCUUGUUUUAAAGAGAUCUUUUCUCUGCCAUCUCCCAAGUGCACAGGAGGUUCGUUCAUUGCCCUGAACUCAUUGCAGAUGCUUCUGCAUCACUGUCAUUUGUAGCUGGACAAGCCAUACCUUACCCCGGUAAAAAUUCACAUAACAACUGCCCUCACCACCUGCUCCUGAGAGCAGCCUUCCCUGCUUUUGUUUCCUUGUAUCAGUUGCUUUGUUGGAUUGUUUAUAUUUCCUUGCUACAUUGAACCUAUGUACAACUUCUAUUAUGCCAACAAAUUAAAAAUAACAGGAACUUUGAAUCUAUCUUUAAUCACCCUCAUAGAUGCCAGUGCACUGGUAACCAAGAUUUCUGUGUGUAUUCAUUUGAUUUUUGCCCUUUAUUAUUCUUAUCUCAGCCCUGUUAGUGGGAAAGAGGUAUAAUUUUGAGUGGGUCUCCUCGAUGAAGUUUGAAGACAUCCUCAUUUUAUUUAUUUUUUUGUAGUAUACAUUGAAACCUAGUUGGCUUCCAAGCUGAAUGAAUAUUGUUCAUUCAGAAUGUGCUUAAGCAGGAGUAAACUGCUUGCAAUAUCUGGUCUCAUUUCAUGCAGCUUGACAUUGAACGUCUUUUACAAUCAAUCAGUUUAUUUCUCUAGCAAAAGCAAUGAAUCCUUGAUCUGUGUCUUCUUUGUAAGGGGGAAAAGAGAGAAUGCAUUGGAAUAAGGAAAGGGGUGAAAAAGAGGAAUUCCGGAAAGAAUAAAUGCAAACUGGCUAAAUGGGUUAGUUGUUUUAGCUCUGUCCAUCUCGGCAUGUGAUGCAGCCUAGACUGAUUACUUCUAGAGAAACAUGGCCUUCCACGGAAACAAAGAAAAAAAUGCCUCCCUCUAUGUUAUGAUAGUCAAUAAAC